AUGCUUGGCCAGUGGCGCAGUCGUGCAGCAGUAGGGCGGCCACUCGGUUGGCUUUGCGUAAACAUGACGAUGCGGAAGCGCAGCGACGGCUUCCGAUGGUACACAAAAGGGCCGCUUCCUCUCCGACCCUCGCAAGCGCCUAGUAUUACUAGACUCGGUGUCGCCAAGUGCCCGCGAAGCGGCGUCGACAACCCUUGGAGCGACUCUGCUUCGUCGCAGAUACAGACGCCCAAGAGACGUGGACUGGCGGGCGUCCAUGUCAAAAGAACGAGCGAAAGAGCUGUGCCAACGGCGGACCUAGUUGAUCACCUAUCAGGAGACAUGACGCCCUGGACGGACCCUCCCCUUCGGCCGGGCCAACAGGGCUGA